ACCGAACUUUUAAAACAGAACCGGCUUAUAUAAACAGUAACAAUUAGCUCAAACUGACAUAAAGAAAAAACAAAAACAAACACAUUUUAACAUGAGUAUGAAGCGUUAGCUGGUUUAUCUCCCUCUCCCUCUUCACCGGGGCUGGCUGGAUGAUCUCCGCCUAAACACUGCCCACUUGCUCAGGUGACAGUUUCAACAAACCGCCCCCUCCUCACUGUGAUGUUGCUGUCUGUGGAUGACAGCAGAGCCGGAGCACAGAGACAAGUGUUUGAGCCUCUCUUUUAGAAAGUAGUGACGCUGUGAAAUUAAAUCUUUGUUGGAGCAGACUAAUUAUUAUCGAGGUCUAAGUGGAAGUGCUCCAUCGUUGUUCGGUCAUUUUAAGCUAAAAAAACAACAACAACAACAAAAGGGGCGACGGACAAAGCUGACGUCCGCCUGAAGUCAACCUACAACCGGCGUUUUUUUUUUCUUUCUCUCCGGUAACUGUUAAUACGACCUGGAUGCAAUGACCGACUCGGUUGUGGACAGCAAAACGGAGGUGAAACAAGCCACGAAAUAUGUCAAAGAGACCGAAAACGUUGCGGAGAAAUACUCAGCGAUGACUGUGAGCAAGAACAGCAGUGAUGUGAAUAUGAAUGUCGGGGAAAUGCCCUCCGCAGCGUUCACCGCAGUCCCCACACUGAAAUCCGUCAAGAAGAUCCAGUUCGCUAACACGGAGGACAAACAAGAAUUCAGCAAGUAUCCUACCAAAGCAGGCCGUCGCUCCCUCUCUCGGUCCAUUUCGCAGUCCUCUACAGACAGCUACAGCUCAGCUGCGUCCUACACCGACAGCUCCGAUGAUGAGACGUCCCCCCGGGACAAAGCCCAGGUCAACACUCACGGCAGCAGUGACUUCUGUGUGAAGAACAUCAAGCAGGCCGAAUUCGGCCGCCGUGAAAUUGAAAUUGCAGAACAAGACAUGUCUGCCCUGAUCUCCUUGAGGAAGAGAGCCCAGGGGGAGAAGCCACUGGCUGGGGCAAAGAUAGUUGGCUGUACCCACAUCACUGCUCAGACAGCAGUUCUGAUUGAGACUCUGGUGGCCCUCGGUGCCCAGUGUCGUUGGACUGCCUGUAACAUCUACUCCACUCAGAAUGAGGUGGCUGCUGCUCUUGCUGAAACAGGGGUACCUGUGUUUGCUUGGAAGGGUGAGUCAGAGGAUGACUUCUGGUGGUGCAUCGAUCGCUGUGUCAACACGGAGGGCUGGCAGGCCAAUAUGAUUUUGGAUGAUGGUGGAGAUUUGACCCAUUGGGUAUACAAGAAAUAUCCCAGUGUCUUCAAGAAGGUCCGAGGCAUCGUGGAGGAAAGCGUCACUGGUGUGCACAGAUUGUACCAAUUGUCGAAGGCUGGCAAGCUGUGUGUCCCUGCCAUGAAUGUGAACGACUCAGUCACCAAGCAGAAGUUUGACAACCUUUACUGCUGCCGUGAAUCUAUCCUGGAUGGUUUGAAGAGGACCACAGAUAUAAUGUUUGGAGGCAAACAAGUUGUCGUGUGUGGUUAUGGAGAGGUGGGGAAAGGCUGCUGCACUGCUCUAAAGGCCCUCGGAGCCAUUGUGUGCAUCACAGAGAUCGACCCCAUCUGUGCCCUGCAGGCAUGCAUGGACGGCUUCCGAGUGGUCAAGCUGAGUGAGGUCAUCCGCCAGAUGGACGUGGUGAUAACUUGCACUGGCAACAAGAACGUUGUUACCAGAGAACAGCUCGACCGAAUGAAGAAUGGCUGCAUCGUCUGCAAUAUGGGACACUCCAACACUGAGAUCGAUGUGGCGAGUCUGCGCAGCCCUGAGCUGACCUGGGAGAGGGUACGCUCUCAGGUUGACCAUAUCAUCUGGCCCGAUGGAAAGAGGGUUGUUCUGCUUGCAGAGGGUCGCCUCUUAAAUCUGAGCUGCUCCACAGUGCCUACGUUUGUGUUGUCCAUCACAGCUACAACUCAGGCCCUGGCCCUGAUCGAGUUGUUCAAUGCUCCAGAGGGGCGUUACAAACAGGAUGUGUAUCUCCUGCCGAAGAAGAUGGAUGAGUAUGUGGCCAGUUUGCACCUACCAAACUUUGAUGCCCACCUGACAGAGCUCUCUGACGAGCAGGCCAAAUACAUGGGCCUCAACAAGAAUGGCCCCUUCAAACCUAAUUAUUACAGGUAUUAAGCAGACUGUCUGUCUGAUGGUGUAAUCCUCAACACACAGUUGCCCUGGGAUAAACAGAGAUAUCUAUUUUAUUUUCUAAAAUUACAAUUACUACAAAACGGAGGAAUUAUUUUACUUAUGCUGAAUGUAACUUAUUAAUAGCACUUCAGACAUGGUGUUACAUAUGAAAAAUAAGAGUAAGACUUGUAGGAAACAUAUGAUGUAUAACCAAUUAACAUUUUACAUGUCACAUGUUUAAAAGAAAAGCCUGAUUGCAUGCUUUCAUGUGUAUGUACUUAUUUAGUUGCUAAUGCUUCUGUAGAUCACAUAGUUGUUGAUUUGUUUGUUUACCCAACGCACAGUGCCAAAUGAUGGCCAUAAGAAUGGAACAGAUUUAUGUUUUGUUUUUUGUCACUGACAUUAAUAUUUUAUGAGUACAUUCCAUGGGGUAGGGUUUGGGCUGAGCCAAAACAAACUCUGUAUUACAAUGUACAUUAUUUUAGAAAUGUUUGUUGUGUGUGCUUUAAAUAAUCUCACAGAAUGGUAUCUGCAUACAUGCCCUAAAAGGUAACAUCCAGUCAUCCUCUUCAUUACAACCACAGUGAUGAAAUAUAGCACGUCCUGUAUAAACAAUAUGACCCAGUGUUGUUUGUUUUGACGAUUUAUAAUAGCCUAAGUGCAUUUUAAAUUCCGGACUCCUGACUCCUCUAAAAUGAUUUCAUAACACACAGAGCUUCUCCUGACUCUGCUAACAACAGAUUAAGAUGUUAUAUUACUGUCAAACAUAACAGGCUGUAUGCAUUCCUAAAAAAGGAAGUACUGAAAAUGUUGAGGAGGAGCCAGUAAAACAUUUUUAAACUACUAUAACAUCCUUCAGUUCAUACCAUUUCCAUUUGCUCACACAAAUUCCAGCUGAGAUCAUUCUGACUGACGAGCAGCAUCCUUUUGACUGGAUAAUACCUUUAAGGCCAUGGUAUGAAUGUGCCUUUUUAAAUCAUUUAUAAACACAUAAAUAUCAGCACUGACCUUAAUUAAAUGAACAUUCCUCUUUUGUAAAGCCACAUCUAUUAGUGGUACAUUUAAUGUCUUCCUCCCACUGCUUUUGGUAUUAAUUGUAACUCUAAUGUAUGAGCUAUAUGUUGAGAAAAAAUAUUAGACUUUAUGUUUGCCAUAUGAUUGUCGCUGUCUUAAUUUGAUCCAACAGGGUCACCUAAAGUAAUGUUUCAUGUGAUCAAAAUGCAUAAGUGUAUACUAUGUAUGUAAAAUAAUGCAUUAAAUCAGCAAUAAAGCAAGUUCUUUUGGUUUAUAGCAAGAUAUUAAGCCAGAGAAUGAAAGAGAGAGGCCCCUUUUGGUCAGUGUUUGUUUUUUGGGGAUAAAGCUCGCAUUCAGGGCUGCUAACGCUUCCACAUACCCCCCUCAGUGUCCUACAUUCACUACAUUGUGUUCCCUCACAGUCAGCCCUGCUGGCCGAGCGUCAAACUACUGUCCCACUCUGGAAUAUUCCCCAGCUCUCUAGCACCAAGCCAGCUGCGUUAGUUGCUAAUAUUAACAGUUGAGUCACUGAGCUUGGAGGAGGGGUGGGUUGAGGGAGUGUUCUGGAAACCUGGUUACAAGUAUAUAAGCCACGGGCCCGAGUCAGUUCAAGCAUUAGUUCAAGAGGAACCACACAGAGGCAAAAGCUCAAGACAAAGGGAAUUACUCGAGGAGACUCUGCGGAGAUCCUUCAACAAUCUUUGA